AUGUCCCAAAUUCCAUCUGGCAUGGGUGGAGGUUUAAGUGUUUAUAGUUCACGUACUGCAAUCCAAGCAGCAGUUUCACAUCAAAACAUGACACUGGCAAUUACAACUCUCGUUUUAUUUUCUAGUAUUGGAAGUGCAGUUGGAAGCGCAAUUGCUGCUGCUAUUUGGAAUAGCAAAACACCUGCUAAUUUAAGAAAAUAUAUGCCAGAUAACAUAACAGAUGAACAAGUGCGAAAUUUCUUUGGAAACUUGAAAUUAUUACGGAAGUACCCAAUGGGUAGUUCAGUCAGAAGUGCAGCUAUAUAUGCAUAUAUUGAUACUGUUUAUUACCUUUUUCUCCUGCAUUAG